CGGGCACGCGCAGGUGGCUGCAGUCCGCAGGGGUCGCCGGCAGUCCAGAAUCAUUGGAAGAGUUAUUAUGAUGUGCAUUUACGGAUGAUAAAACUGCAGCUCAGAAAAGUAACAACUCGUUCAUUAUCACACGAUUGACUCUUAAAGCUGUCUGCAAAGAUUUAGAAAAUGGCAGCAAAUGAGAGUGUCGGCAUCUUUAGUUCCGCAUCGCUGGCUGUAGAGUAUGUGGACUCCCUUUUACCCGAGAAUCCUCUGCAAGAACGAUUUAUGAAUGCUUGGAACUAUAUGUUGAACAAUUACACAAAGUUUCAGAUUGCAACAUGGGGUUCUCUUAUAGUCCAUGAGGCUUUGUAUUUCUCCCUCUCUUUGCCUGGGUUUUUGUUUCAAUUUAUACCUUACAUGAAGAAGUACAAAAUUCAAAAGGAUAAGUCUGUGUCGUUGGAAAGCCAGUGGAAAUGUUUUAAAGGGCUUCUCUUUAAUCACUUUUGUAUCCAGCUGCCUCUGAUUUGUGGAACCUACUAUUUCACAGAGUUCUUCAGUAUUCCUUAUGAUUGGGAACGAAUACCAAAAUGGUAUAUGCUUUUGCUCAAAUGCUUUUGUUGUGCUGUGAUUGAGGAUACUUGGCACUAUUUCAUGCAUAGACUCUUACACCACAAAAGAAUAUAUAAAUAUAUUCAUAAAGUUCACCAUGAAUUUCAGGCUCCAUUUGGAAUAGAGGCUGAAUAUGCACAUCCUGCAGAAACCCUAAUCCUUGGAGCUGGAUUUUUUAUUGGAAUCCUGCUUUUAUGUGAUCAUGUUUUUUUCCUUUGGGCAUGGGUGGCUUUUCGUUUGACAGAAACUAUUGAUGUCCAUAGUGGGUAUGAUAUUCCUCUCAACCCUUUAAAUUUCAUCCCUUUCUACUGUGGUUCACGGCAUCAUGAUUUUCACCACAUGAACUUCAAUGGAAACUAUGCUUCAACUUUUACAUGGUGGGAUAAACUUUGUGGAACAGACUCUCAGUAUAAUGCCUACAUGGGAAGGAUGAAGAAAUUGAAGAAAAAGGCUGAGUAAACCCUCUUGAUGGCACACAUUUUUUGAACUGAAAUUGUUAGUAGUAGCUACCAAUUGCUUCUUAAACAAGCAUGUGUUGUGGCUGCUACCAGAUAAAAAAGAACCUUAACAACUUUUAAUUAUCUUCCUUAUGGCAACUGUUUCCACUCCACAUACAAGUCUUGUUUAUGUACAAAUAAAUAAAUAUAUAUUUAAGUCCUCUUUCUGAUGGGAGAUUUUAAAUGCCAUUUUGCUAACCUUACAAAAAAGUUUUAGAUACUGAAAGAAGUAUUAAUUUAUCAUCCCCCCCCCCAAAUGCCAUAGAUCUGAAGUUGAAAUUGGUAUUUAAUCUUUAAAAUGUGUAGUGCCUAUUUCAGAAAGUUAUGAAUUAUGGUGUUGAGCUUAUAUUGAAUUUUAGACACUCUAGAAUUUGCCUAAAAAAAUCUAAAUAAAUAUCAUGAGUUGAACCUGAUGAGUGGCCAAAGCUGCUGAAUCUCCAAGAACAGCCACCCUUAGGACUUCGACUCCUGUCAAGAAGUACCCAGUUGAUGGGGCUUCUCCUUUUCUGGAAGGAGUUCUCUUUGAUCGCUGUAUGAUACUGCCAUCUAUAAAUAGAAGCUUAUCUGAAUGAAUGUAAGUGGGAUACUUAGUCUAAAGCUUCUCGAGUACUAGGUGUUUUUUUUUUAAUUGAGCUUUAUUUCUGCUACUUACACUUUCAUUUGUGUGUAUCAAGUUUUCAUUCUUAAAUCUGUAUUUUGAAAUAUCAAUUGGCUUGCUGUAUUUUCACUUUGUGCUAUUGAAAUAAAUGUGAUUUUUGUCUCA